CUCCCGCUGCGCCUUGUACUCUUCCUUGUCCUCUUCCUCCUCCCCUUUGCCAUCACCAUGUUCUGCUAUGUCCACAUCAUCCGUGCCCUCCUCACUCGACCCCACAUCCCACUGCAGAAGAAGUACCGCACUGUGGGGCUGGCCGUGGCCACCAUGGUCAACUUUGUCAUCUGCUUUGGUCCCUACAACCUCUCGCAUGUGGUGGGCUUUGUGCAGCAGCGCAGCCCCACGUGGAGGCCCUACGCUGUGCUCCUCACCACCCUCAGCCCCGCGCUCGACCCCUUCAUCUUCUAUUUCUCCUCCAGUGCUGUGCGGAGGGCGGUCAGAGGGGUGGUGGGGGCAGUUUGUGGCACAAUCCAUGGGUUUGGGGGUUGGUGUGGGUGGGGGAGUGAGGGGGGGAGUGGGGGAGAGUGAGACCCAACCAGGAGGAGGUUCUGGGGUAAAUGAGGUUGUUGUGAUUGGAGUGGGUUUAAUGGGGUGGGAGGUCAGAAAUGGGGACGGGUGCAUUGUCUUUGUGGUAAGAGUGGUUCCGUGGAUGUGUCCAAUGUUUGUGGGUCAACCAAAACUUGGUCGCUGCUGGGUUGUCCUACUGGGUUAGAGUCAAUAAAGACCCAUGGAUGUGGUCAGUGGGGUCA